AUGCAAAGCCACAGCUUCGCCGUGCAGUCAAGUGAGCGCCUUCAACAGCACCGCAAAACUGCGGAAGCAGCGGUCAAAGAUGCAACGGAUGCUGUCACCACGGCCCAGGAGGAACUGCGCGUGUCGGGCAAAGAGGUUGAGGAUGUCGUUGAAAGAGCUGAAGACUUCCUGAAGAGAAACUUGGACCACCUGCCCCAGGACAAAGCGCAGCCGCUCGCUGCCUUGUGUACUCGCUUCAAGCAGUUCGCGGAGCAGCUAAAUGUACGUCAGGACGGGCCGCCCAAGCCCAUGCCUAUGUCCAUGACGACGCCCAUGAUGACGCAGGAAUCCGCCAUGCAGGGUCUCUUGGCGAUGCAGCAGAAGACCGCUGCUGCAGGUCUCAUGCCAGGAAUGCCCGGCAUGAUGCCGAUGUCGAUGCACCCUCUGCCGGACUUCCAGCAGCGCCCAGACAUCCAGCAGCGCGUGAUGAUCGUCGGCGAGGACUCCAAGCCGAAGGAGGAGGACCAGCCAGAUGGACUGUUCGGAGAGGAGGAUCAUGACCUUCAAUCGACUGCGGCAUUCAACCCCUUCCCGGAGAGUGGUCAGGAAGACGAAAUCUCGCGUGAAGAGCCGGCAGCUGUGGAAACCAGUCCAGAAGCUGCUGCGGAGAAGAAACAGGAGGAUCUCGCAGCCUACAAGAACCGGCUCCUCUCAGAGGCAAGCUACCUGCAAGCUGUCUUUGGCGGGAAGAAGGACUUCCUCAAACUUGCCUCCUCGAAGAACGGCUUGAUCUACCCAGUCGAGGAAGAACGCCGUACUUUGGGCCAGGACAAGUCCAUCGACAAAUACCUGAAAGAGUGA